CUGUAAACCCAUUCCGGAAUACCUCCGCUAAUUUUAAGUUGACAUUUCAUUUUAUAGUAUGCCUUUUGUUGCAUGCAAGAGAAACGUCCUUUUCGAUUUUUUCUGAGGAUAAUCUGUGAAUUCAAGUUGUACGGUUCUUACUGAAAGUCAUGGAGCAUGAGUCAAUUAAUUCUAACGAGGAUAUAGAGGAUGGCGAGAUUUGCGACAGUGACGAUGGGUACACUCCUCUGCAGAGACCGUCUGCAACGGAUAAUGUUGGUCAAGUAAUUGCUUCCGCGUCAAAUAAUGUAACAAAAAUGGAAGAUGCGUCUGAGUUGGAUGAAUCUUUAGCCGAGCAAAGUUCCGACUCAUCAGGAAGUGAAAGUGAUUUGCGGUCAAAGAGCAAGAAAUUAAGAAUCAAACCGAAUCAUCAGCACAACAAAUUCCAACCAAAAUUCAAGAAAUACAACAUUUGGUCGAAUGGAUUACAGGAAGAAUGUUUGCUGGAUUCAUUAAAAGUUUGCGGUGUCGAUAAACCGGAGAAAUUCGACAGAAAUAUCGAAUCCUAUGACUAUUCACUGAAGUAUCGGUUAAACGGUGAAAAUUCAAUGAAACGUCGCCAGUCGAACAAUAGCGAUGAUUCGGUUGAAAAGAAUCGAUUCGAAUACGGCGGACAAAGUAAACGUUUUCGAGCUAGCAGCAUGGGAAGUGGUUUGGCUGGACGAGAUGGAAAACGAAUUCGUAAAAAUGUCCGCUUGCGACUUGGACACAAAAGCGAAGACAGCAGCAGCAAUGACGGGUUCAUGAACGCGCCGAGACUUAUCAUUGAUUUAAAUGAUCGGGAGUCCACAGAUGAAGAUGUGGCUCGGGAUAUUGCGAACAAGCUGUACGAAGAGAAAGACACACUGUUGCUUCGAAUCGUGGAAGUUUUGGGUAGAGAUGUACCCAUCAAGAUUUUCAAAGAAACACAAAAAAUUGAGAAAGACGGCGGGAUGAUGAUAAUGAAUGGUCAGCGUCGCCGUACACCUGGCGGAGUAUUCCUCUUCUUGCUAAAACACUCGGACGAAGUUCCGCAAGAACAGAAGAAAUUAAUUUUCAUCGAAGAAACACGUAAAAAAAUUCAGGAAAAGAAAACGUUUCAAUCGAUGAAGCGCGAUCGUGAAGUGGAAGCCUUGAAAAAAUCGUUGAAAAAUGAAAACGAACUCACGGUUUUGUCCACUAGAAGUGAACUGCUUCUGAAUGCUGAAAUUCAGACUAAUUUAUCAAAUCCACCGCCAUCACCAGUCACCGACUGUAAUCGAGAAAAUAGUUCGGAUUUCGAUACCCACGACAUUCAUCACUUGAAUGUAACCAGUCCAGAAAAAAAUAUAACAAAGCCUACUAUGUCUGUUGCCAGCUCGGAUACGUCUGCAGCGAACAUUGCCUAUGAGGAUGAUAUUCUCGACAUGAACUGUGAUGAUAUGGAUCUUUUUUAGCCGCGUUGGCGAUGUACCGUGGGUGUUUGAUUUUGUAUUUGUAUUAUUUGUUAUAUUUAAAUAAAUUUGAAGAGGACUUUAUCUUGAAAU